AUGAGACUACGGAGUAAUCGAGAUACAGAAGAGCCGAAGCCAAGAGUAGCGUCGUCGUCAUCAGGCACGUCGUCAUCUUCAAGGAGAGCCAAUCGAACGACACGUCGAGCUGGGGUUGGAGCUGGCACGUCAACACAUCAGCAUCCGGCGAGUUCCCGAACCUCGGGAAGUUCUGAGGGUGGUUCGGUGGGAAUACCAACUGCAGCCAGAACGAAAAGGACCGCCGGGGCGAGUGGUGCUGUGGGUGAGCCGGAAACGAAGAGGAAAAAAGUCAAGCCGCAUGCCAGCGAAGAAGUGCCAUCAACAUCGAAGACGCAUGCGACGAGACUCUCUCCAGAGACAAUGUCUGUGAAAGAGGGGGUGGGUCUGGGGGACCCUCCAGUGGUAAAAGGGGGGCGGGGUCAUAGCCAAACCCCGCCUCAACAUUUGGACGGGCUCGGCGAGGGUCCUGAAGCGAAAAGGGCGAAGAGAAGGAAUCGAUACGAUUAUUUGGUGACGAAUAAUGGUGCGAAGAAUAUCGGGGACAUUCCGCAGCAUAUUUUGGUCUCUGUGUUUGCAAUGUUACCGAUAGUGGAACGUAUAAAGGCAGAGCGUGUUUGCCGCAGAUGGCGUUAUUUAUCAAGGGAAUUUGCAUGGCGGAAUACACGAACAUUCUCAUUUUCG